AUGCUCACGCCGGCCUCCUCAACCUCUCCGACCAGAAAACGCACCUUGACGACGAAACGCAAAGCACCCACCCCUUCCACACCCAUGUCGUCUGAUUCCGAGGGCAGCGACAACGAGGGCAGCAUCGACGGGCCUUUGACACCGCGCAAGCGAGUACGGACAAGCAGGUCGCUGGAGCCGGAUCUACGACGGCGGAUACGCUUUACGGCAGACGAGACGGCAGAGGAACGGAACCCUAGCUUUCGCAAGUUCCUGCACGGCGCGGACCUCAUACAAAGUGAUCACUGGAAGGAUGAUGCGGUCAUGGGCUUUGACUUAGCUAGGGACUUCAAGACGGCUUUCGAGAAGAACGAGGGUAUUCCUCUGGUUGAGUUGCAGUACCCUAGCAAGUCGCCACCGGAACGCUUCGCCCUUGUGCAUCCUAGAGAAAGCGAGGGCUACAAGCCCCUCGAGGACAUUAUCAACACCGUUGAGGCCAUAUGCCAGUAUUACUUCCCGGACGACGCAGAAGCGCUGAUGGACGAAAGCAACGGCUAUCCUAGACGUCUGAAGAGGGCAGUCCAACAACAAUCGCUGGACGAUUUCAAAAAGGUUCUCGAUGACUUCAACAAGAUGGUCCGCGCUGGUGUUCAUUCAGGCAAGACUGACAAAGCCUUGGACGGAAUGGGCCCUAUGCCACUCUCACUCACAACCCGCAUCAUAGACCAAACCUACAACCGCACCGUCUCCCCUCGCGUGGCUUCGCUCCGCCGGUACGAAGCCGGAUCCAACAAUGUCUACGGUGAACUGCUGAUCCCAUUCGUUCACCGCCUCUUCCGCGAAACCGACCUAAAGAGCCACCACGUCUUUGUCGAUCUGGGCUCAGGUGUCGGCAAUGUAGUCAUCCAAGCCGCGCUCGAAGUCGGCUGCGAGAGCUGGGGUAUAGAAGUGAUGCAGAACCCUUCGCGCGCCGCCAAGCUUCAACGUAGAGAAAUCAUCCCUCGCGCAGCCCGCCUGUGGAACAUCAACUUGGGCAAGAUCAACAUUUUGGCCGACGACUUUCUGGAGAACCAGCAGAUCGGUGCCGUAUUGCACCGCGCAGACGUCAUAAUCGUGAACAACAAGGCCUUCUCGCCGCAGCUGAACGGCGCGCUGCUGGACAAGUUCCUGGACUUGAAGGAAGGUGCCAAGAUCGUGUCCCUGAAGCCAUUCGUGGAUCCACAUCACGAAAUCAAAAGCUUCAACGUCAAUGAUAGGGUCAACUUGUUCACCUGCGUUGAGAAGGAGUACUUUAGCAACUGCGUCAGCUGGACCAACGAGGGCGGCAACUACUACAUCCAAACCAAGGACCGUAGCAGAUUGGACAAGUUUCUGGGGAGCCAGAAGCGGGGCAGGAGGGGAUAA